CGCAUGACUCUCGUCAUCCUGUCAACCCCCUUAAAAAACCACUUUCCACAACAACAUCUUCGAUAUUUCCACCAUCCCCUUCCCCUCCUCCCUUUUUUUUUUCUCCUAAAUAUAUAAAAAAAAAAAAGAAAAAAUACGUACAAACAAAUUGUCGUACGUAUAAAUUUUUUUUAUAUAUAAAUCAAUUGACUGCAAAUCCAGCAUUUGUUCAUUUUCCUAUUUUCUUCUCCGAUCCCAUCGCCCCUCCGUCGCUCUCUUUCUCUUUCCUUUUUUUUUUUUUUUAACACUUUGGGAAUUGAAUUUUUGGUUGUGAAAUUUAGGGUUAGGGUUUUGAGAGAUGGGGCAACAGACGUUGAUCUACAGCUUUGUGGCACGUGGCACGGUGAUCCUCGCCGAGUACACCGAGUUCACGGGUAAUUUCACAAGCAUCGCCGGUCAAUGUCUCCAGAAGCUGCCUGUUUCCAACAACAAGUUUACCUAUAACUGCGAUGGCCACACGUUCAAUUACCUCGUUGAAAAUGGAUUCACCUACUGUGUGGUUGCCGUUGAAUCUGCUGGCAGACAAGUUCCAAUUGCAUUUCUGGAAAGAGUUAAGGAAGACUUCAACAAGAGAUAUGGAGGAGGGAAGGCUGCAACUGCUACUGCCAAUAGCCUGAAUAGAGAAUUUGGGUCCAAAUUGAAGGAGCAUAUGCAGUUCUGUGUGGACCACCCUGAAGAGAUCAGCAAACUUGCCAAAGUGAAGGCUCAAGUUUCUGAAGUUAAGGGUGUUAUGAUGGAAAACAUUGAGAAGGUCCUUGACCGUGGUGAGAAGAUUGAGUUGCUGGUGGAUAAAACUGAGAACCUUCGCUCACAGGUCACAUGUUUCUCCCUUUGCUAGCCGUUUAGGAUAGGGGGAGGCUUUGUAUCUUGGUUGGCUGUAUAGAAUAUAGUUUGAACUUCUUACGGUAGAUAAAUAUUUCUACGAAUGAUUUCUUCUUUAUGUUGUAAUGGAGGAAUACUUGGAUGCCUGCAUGUCCUAUUUGCCCCUUUGAAAUGUUAUUAAUCUGUCUUCAUUUUGUUCUUGUUAUGAUGUAAAUCCUUUUAUAUGUAUAUUCUUUUCUCUCUCUUUGUGAACCUUUUGGAGGUAAGAGGAGGGUGUAGCUGGUGGUGUAGACAGUGGCUUUUGGUAGUUGGUUCCUUUUAAACUAAUGAGAUUAUCUUUGGUUUUACAUUA